AUGGAGCUGAUUCCAAAACUUCUAACUGGAUUUGUUCUGCUGACUUUAUGUGUGGUGGCCUGCUCCAGUCAACACUGGUCCUACGGAUUGCGCCCUGGAGGAAAGAGAAACGCUGAAAGUCUGAUUGAUUCUUUCCAAGAAAUAGCCAAAGAGGUUGAUCAACUAGCAGAACCUCAACAUUUGGAAUGCACCAUUCACCAGCUGCGCUCUCCCCUCAGGGACCUGAAAGGAGCUCUGGAAAGUCUGAUUGAAGAGGAAACUGGGCAGAAGAAGAUUUAA